UGUCAAAACAAAAACUUUUACUUGAAUACAAUUUUUUAUUCAAUCAAGAGUCAAGACCAUCCCUUUACCACAUGGUCCACCCUUUAAAUACCCCUUCUUCCACUCUUCCCGCUUCCAUCCCAAAAAAAAAAAAUAUAACCUCAUUCCAAAGGAAAGCUAAGAAAAACCACAUAAAAGGCUCCUGAAAUCCAUACAUAUAUAUCACAAUACUCCCUCAAAAUCCUUAUACAAAACUGAAUAAUAUUUGAUUAUAAGUACAAUUUUCUUGUUAUAAACUUUGGUGUAAGUCUCAACUUUCAAUCCUUCAAAACGGGUCUUCCAUUGUGGAUGCUUGGUUUGGCCGCUGAUCAGCUGCGCGCCGAUAUGAAUCGCUUACUCGCUGUCCUCUUUCACCAAGGGGUGUUGGAUGAACAAUUCUUGCAAUUACAGCAACUUCAAGAUGAGAGUUCUCCGGACUUUGUUUCUGAAGUUGUCAAUAUUUACUUCCAUGAGUCUGAAAAACUUCUCAGAAAUCUCCGAACUUUUCUAUUGGAUAAAGAAUUUUCGGACUACAAGAAAAUAGGGAUGCAUUUGAAUCAGUUCAUGGGAAGUAGUUCAAGCAUAGGAGCUAAAAGAGUUAGAAAUGUAUGCGUUGCAUUUCGUGCAUCUUCUGAACAAAAUAACCGUGCUGGAUGCUUAAGAGCACUGGAGCUAUUGGAGCACGAGUACUCUUAUCUCAAGAACAAAUUGCAUGAAUUUUUUCAAAUAGAACAGCAAAGACUACUUGCAGCUGGGGUGAGGUAUCCAGUACAACACAACUAAAAUCAACUAUGGCAAUAAUUUCUCAUACUAAUUUUCUUCAGUUUUAUCCCCAAGUUUUCAGAAUUAGGAAGGGAUUUUUUUCUUAAUUUAAUUUAAAUGAAUGCUAAUUAUGCAGUAGUAGUAAUUAGUACUAAUUACCAUGGAAAUUGUAAUGCUAUUCAACACCAGUGGUUGUAACUUUGAAUGCUUGGAGAUUUAAAUGGUAAUUAAUGAAUGUGCAGUUAAUUUAGGGUGGUUA